AUGCCGACGACGAAGCGUGCGGGAUCGGCGUCGUUGAAACGACCGGCUGCUGCGAAGGCUAAGGUCAAGCCUGAGCGUCAGACACCUCGCCAAGAGAUAGAGGAGGAGACUCUGACGGGAGAGGCCUGGCAGUUCGACUAUUUUCUUGAACACUUGAUGGAGAAGUCAGGCCAUUAUUUCUCGUCAGACAAGCCACCCAAGCUGAUGGUGGCAAGUGGUUGCGACGGCACCGGCUUGCCACACUACGUCUUGAACAACCUCACACAAUGUCAGACACGAUGCAUUACUGGGUCAGAGAUAAAGACUCCGGCGGCGCUGUUCCUGCUGAAACAGCGUGGUCAGACAAUGCACUUCGACCACCUCAUGACCGACAUCGCGCACACCGUCAGAGGGAAGGGCCCAUGCUGGGUUCACAAUCGUUGCUGCACUUUGUCAGACGAGCAUCUCAAGAAUCUCGACCUCUUCGUGUCGGGUUUCAGCUGCAAGCUGAACAGUGCAGCGAACAGCAGGCGCUGGGAGUCAGACCCGAUCGACCUGGAGAAGCCCGAGUGUCAGACGUUCGUGCAGAGUGUUGAGUUUGUCAAGAAGUACUCGCCCAAGUUCUAUCUCUUCGAGAAUGUGUUGGGGGCCUGUAAGACUCGCGGAUCUGGUCAGACAGAGUCGCCCAAGGCUUGGUAUGAGCGUUACUUGUCAGACAACCUCCCUGAGUUUACGCACCAGAGCGUGAUUGUGGAUGCCUUGCCUCAGUCAGAGGCUCGCUCACGUUUGCUGCUGCUGGGUUCGUCAGUCCCCACUUUUUCUGCUUUGGGCUGGGCUAGUCAGACCACCGAGCUCAACGACAUCUGCAGCAAGUUCUUCUGCCAUGAUGCUGCUACAAACUUCUCUUGGUCAGAGAAGGGGCCGUCGACGUACUUGGUGAAUCUCAAGAACGAUGUCGACUACCAUCGCUGCUUCGCAGAAGCAUGUCAGAGUCUUGGUGUGGAGGAGUUUUUUUCAUUUUAUGUUGAGUAA